ACUAAUCCUCAACUGCACAUUCCAAUGUAUUUCUUUCUCAUUAACUUAUCCUUCCUUGACAUCUGCUAUUCUUCUGUAACAGUUCCCAAAAUGCUAGAGAAUCUCCUAGCUACAAAAAAGACUAUUUCUCUCUGUGGCUGCAUAGCUCAGGUCUUUUUCUUUAUUUUCAUGGUUGGAACAGAGAUCUUCUUACUUUCAGCAAUGGCGUAUGAUCGUUAUGCUGCCAUAUGCAACCCACUGAGAUACAGGACCAUUAUCAGCCACCGCUUGUGCAUCCAAAUGGUGUUGGCUGCAUGGAUAUCAGGUUUUCUGGACUCCUUGGUUAAUACUCUUUUUUUAACUGACCUACAUUUCUGUGGUCCCAGUGACAUUAACCAUUUCAGCUGUGAGUUACCUUUGCUAUUGCAGCUGUCUUGCACUAGUACUUUUGCCAAUGAAAUGGUAAUUCUUACCUUUAGCAUGCCAUUAGGGUUUGCUGCCCUUCUUCUAAUUAUAGCUUCCUAUGUUCAUAUUGUUGGCUCCAUUCUCAAGAUAAAUUCUGCAGAAGGCAGGCAGAAGGCAUUCUCUACCUGUGCUUCCCACCUCACAGUGGUUCUCUUGUUUUGUGGGACUGCAUUCAUUAGAUACAUGAAACCUGCCUCUGGCUACUCAGACACCAUGGACAAGCUUGUGUCAAUCCAGUACAGUGUCCUAACCCCCAUGUUGAACCCCAUUAUAUACAGCUUGAAAAGCAAAGAUGUGAAGAUUGCCCUAAAGAAACUUUUUAGAAACUAA